AUGGACAGCAGGGAGAGUUCUUUUGAAGUAUACGCGCUGCCGAGUAUGUCCGUUCAUAUCAGAGGCCCACAAGAUGUAAGGCUUUACCAGUCCGAGCGCGAAAUCGAGAAAUGGGAGGAGAUCGUCCACCAGUAUUCGGGGCAGCAGUUGACCAAAGAAAAAGAUAUAUUCCCGGCGUUACAAGGGAUCAGCAAGCAUAUGUCCGAGCAUGUCGGGUCGCGCUAUCUGGCUGGGCUAUGGGAGAUCAACAUCAUCCAUGGCUUAUUAUGGCACAAUGAGUCGAAUAAGAAACUUUGUACGCCAAGAGUGGAUACAAUGGAACUAUGGACGAGAUGGGAAAUCUCCAAACACACAAAAGAAACCCAUCUCCAAUACCUCGAAGUCGAAGAACAGACCCCAGAGAUGGCGCGCUCCAUCAUGGUCUUGGGCAUCUACGUUGGGCUCUAUAACAUGGCAUGGUAUAACAUGGGACAGUUUUACAUUCAUCCCGCACGCCUCAUAUAUCUCGAUCUCGACUCAAAUCGAACCGGUAGACUCAGAUGA